AUGACUCACAUUUUUGAUGAUUUGAUACAUCAAAAGGUUGAGUGUUAUGUGGAUGAUCUUGUUAUUAAAAGCCUUGGCCGAAAAGAUCACUUAAAAAAUCUCAGAAUUGUAUUUGAGAGAAUUAAAAAGUUUGAUCUAAAGAUGAAUCCUCUCAAAUGUGCUUUUGGGGUCUCCUCCGGCAAAUUUUUGGGGUACAUUGUUCGACAUCGAGGCAUCGAGGUAGACCCCAAUAAAAUUAAAGCAAUCAUGGAGAUGUCACCCCCGAAAAACCUGCGACAACUCCGCUCCUUGCAAGGGCAACUGGCUUUUAUUCGACGAUUUAUAUCAAAUCUCUCGGUUCUUGAUGACAAGACCAGCGUUGACAGGUCGCUGGCCAGAUGGGCAGUAUUAUUAUUGCAGUUUGAUAUCACGUACAUACCACAAAAGGCUGUGAAAGGACAAGCCUUGGCGGAUUUUCUUGCCGCACAUCCUAUCCCAGCAGACUCUCCACUUAAUGAUGAUCUGCCAGAUGAACAAAUCAUGCAAGUUGAGGAAAAUGAGAAAGUACCAUUUUGGGAGAUGUAUUUUGACGGAGCAUCAUCAAUUAAAGCUGCCCGACCUCCAAAUCUUGCUAGAGCCCAAGCUGGCGUCGGCCUAGUUUUCAUCGCACCAGAAGGAGGCAUAAUGAGAUUUUCAUUCAGUCUAACUGAACCCCGAACCAACAAUGAAGCUGAGCAAACCCUUGAGCUCCUGAAACAGUUGCCAAAUGUUGAGAUAGCUCGAGUUCCUAGAGGACAGAAUGGGAAAGCAGAUUGUUUGGCCAAAUUGGCCAAGGAGAUGGCAAAUACCAAUGAAGAGAAGCCUAUAUUCACUGGGGUUUACAAUCGUCGAAUCUUGGAGCCUACUCUAUUACAAUUCCCAAUGGUAGAAGAGAUAUCAAAUCCAAGCAAGCAGCAUAUAAUUCUAGUUGAGCCUCAACCCCUCCAUCAGAUUGUUAUGGAAAAUUAUCCAGAAGAAUAUCAUGUGGCCAAGAGACGUAAAGCUAGUCAAGCUUCAGAAUCAUGGUGGCAUUGUUUAGAUGUUGAAGUCGAAAAUAAUUGGAGGCAGCCAUUCAUUGACUACUUCAAAGAAAAUAAACUCCCGACAGAAAAAUCUAUGGCCGCACAAAUUCGGAAAAGAGCACUGCGAUAUGCAUUUGUUAACGGCACGUUGUACCGACGGGCUUUUGACCAAAUGUGGCUAAGGUGUCUAGGGGCCAAGGAAGCUGAUAAAGUAGUGGUAGAAGUCCACGAAGGGCUUUGUGGUGCACAUCAGUCAGAUCCUAAAAUGGUUGCUAAAAUCAAGAGGAUGGGUUAUUAUUGGCCAAUAAUGGUGACAAAUUAUAUUGACCAAGCUAAGAGAUCCACCAUCAUCAGCGGGACAUCGUUUCAUUCUAGUAGUGACGGAUUACUUUCCAAGUGGACAGAAGCAGCUCCAUUCAAAGAAGUCACGUCCGAGCAUGUGAUUAACUUCUUCGCCCAUAAUAUCGUCUACAGAUUUGGUGUACCGCACCGUGUGAUCUCAGACAACGGCAUAGCAUUCAAAAGCACUAAAAUAUACAAGUUCGUUGAGCGUUACAAGAUCGAUUGGCGAUAUUCAUCAAUAUACAAUCCAAGGGCCAAUGGCUUGGCAGAGGCUUUUAACAAGAUGAUGGUAAAACUAUUAAAGAAGAUCCUCACCAAAAAUAAAAGAGAGUGGCACACUAAAAUGGUGGAGGCACUCUGGGCGUAUCGUAUUACUUAUAAGACGCCGACUAAAGCCACUCCCUACUCACUGGUGUUUGGGGUUGAAGCUGUAUUUCCAUUGGAAAUUGAGCUACCAUCACUCCGUGUAGCUAUCCAGUAUGAUCUGACUCAGGAGCAAAAUGCUCGAUUAAGAACGGAGGAACUCGAUGCACUCGAUGAAGUCAGAUUACAAGCUCAACAGAAUUUGGAGAUUUAUCGGGCGAGGAUGACGAAAUCAUUUGAUCGAAUGGUACGCCAUCGAGCAUUUCAAGAAGAGGAAUUGGUCUUGGUGCUGAGAAGGCCAAUCAUCCCACACCAAAAAAUUGUUGGAAAAUUUGUGUCCAAUUGGGAAGGCCCAUUCGUCAUUGAGAAGGUGUACCUAGGAGGAGUUUAUCAAUUGAUUGACCUGGAGGGUCAAAGGCCAAUGCCUCCAAUUAACGGUCGAUACUUGAAGAAGUAUCAUACAUAG